AUGCUUCAUCUUCGGAACCAAGUAAGUCACUGUUCCUUGGGUGGUUACUCCCUUUUUCCCUACCGCCUUGCUGACGCCAAUAGUGGUUUUCUAUUGUUCGGAUCAUGGUGGUUCAAAGGUUACCACUGGAUAUUCCUGCCUUUUAUUGCCUUUGGCGUAGCCUUCAACUUCAUCGUGGUUGUCACUCUUUGUCUCUGGAAAGCGUUCCGGUUUGUGCGACCUGAGCGCAAACUGCCGCCACCCGAGACGCCGGAGUCGCUUAUGCUCAUCAUCCCAUGCUACAACGAAAACGAGGAUGAGUUGCGCAAAUCGCUCGACUCGCUCGUUGAGCAGAAGGGAAUCGACAAUCAUAAGAAGGCCAUUUUCAUCAUCUGCGAUGGAAGGGUCCGAGGGCCUGGAAUGACCGAAACCACUGGGGACUGCCUCCUCAACACCAUCUUGACGGAGAAGACGUCGACAAUACAUAUGAAGAAUGCCUACUUGGCCUGGGACAAGAUUCCUAUGGAUAUCAUCAUGCAGAAGGGAACUUACAAGGGCAUGCCAUAUAUGUGCAUUGUCAAGAUGCAAAACAGGGGCAAGAGGGAUGGGCUCAUCCUCCUCCGGUCCUUCGCCUACAUGUACAACCUUCGCCACGAAAGACCAGCGACCAUCAUGUCACAAAGACUCUUCGGAGAAAUGGCCAGCUUUGUUCUCGAUGAUUGCGAGAUUGACAACUUCCACUCCAUUGUCGGCAUGGACGCGGACACGGUCUUCGACCCCUGGUGUAUCUACCACCUGAUCCAAGAAAUCAGGUACCCGGAUACGUAUGGGGCGUGCGGCGUCGUUUGGGUGGACUUCAAAGACGGGGCCUGGAACCCUUGGCGGCUGAUGCAGAACUCGGCGUACACCGUUUCCCAAGGUUUGCCGCGUCUGCACCAAUCGACCGUGACGCACAAAGUCUCCUGUCUUCCCGGCUGCUGUCAGAUCCUCAAGGUGUGCGAGGAAAAUAACGGCGACUACACCUUGCGCGAGCUCUUUGGCUACUGCCCCAAACCCACCGACUCGAUGCUGAAGCAUCUCCGCGGUUCCUACAGCGAGGACAGAAACCACGUCUGCCACGUCUUGACGUCCAGACCGCACGUCAAGACGCGGCAAGCGAUCCGGGCGACCGCCUGGACUGAUGUGCCAACCUCGCUCUCCGUCUUCAUGUCGCAGCGCAAGCGCUGGUCCAUGGGAGCCACGGUCAACGAUCUUCAUUUGGCUACAAGCCGGGGGACUCAGUGGUUUGAGAGGAUCCGCGCCUUCUGCAACGUGCAGAUCUGGUUUUGCUCCCUCUUCAUCCUUGGCUCCAUCGCGGGGCUGAUCCACGCCGCCCUGCACGUCCCUUGGUACUGGACCGUCGGAUUUUUGGGGGGAGUCCUUGUGCCCUACAUUUACAUGGUCACGCUUGUAUUCUGGAUGCCCAAGACCGGGAAAGCGCGGUGCCAGUAUCUGGUCGGGCUGGUGAUCUACAUCUUCACAGGCCCUUUUCUGACCAUCUUUGUCUUGCUCUACACGACGUGGCACCUCGACUCGUUUGGGUGGGGCAAAACGCGGAAAGUCAUAUCCGAGGAGAGUGGUGAUGGAGGGGAUGGGAGCUCUGAAGAGGACGAGAAGGCGACGUCAUCGCAGAAUAAUGACCAAGAAGCCACUGUUGGGCUUCCAAGAUGA